AGGUGCAGAGAUGCCCAUAAAAGUUACCAAUGAAAGCAGUGAUUCAUCUACAGCUUACUCUGAGCGGCAAGUUAUGCUAUACCCAGCAGCUAUGGACAACCCUAUUGCUGAAACAAUGGAAGAUAUAAAGAUCAGUAUUGUCAAUGAUCGAGCAACAAAUCAGAAGCGCCAGCAAGAACAAAAUACGGCAGAAACUCCUUGCUCUAAGAGAUUCUGCGGUGAUUUUAGUUGUAGCACACCACAUUCUAAAUCUACCCCUUCUACCUCCAAAUCUAAAGGUGUCAAUUGGAGCCAUGUAAAUAGCCCAUCUCACGCACUGGAACAAAAUCAAGAGUGGGAUGAUUCAUUGCUGGAACCUUCUGAUAAUGAAGAUGACACUCCGCUUUAUCUGACAGUGGAUGAGAUUGAUUCCUUACUUGAAGAUGACUCUCCCUUUGCAGCUGAGCCUUUUGGAUUGGAUGAUUGCAGUUCUACAGGUAUUGUUACUCCAGAAUCAGAAGAUGAAAAGGAAAAAUUGUGUACUUCACCUUAUAGUCAAUUGGAUGGUUCUGUUACUUUGACCGAAGAAACACUGUGUGUGGAAGACCUGAAUAACUAUGCCACAAUGGCUCCAUCACCCAGUCAUUCAAUCAUACAUUCUGUAGAGGUUCAGGUGCCAAAACAGAAAAGCAACAUUGUUGGCAAUGUAAAGUCUUCUGAUUCUGUGCAAGAAACAAAUGGAAUGUCUACUUCAGGAGUGCCUAUACUUGAUAAAACUGAAGCACUUAUUCAUGAGCUUGCUAGUGACUGCUCUCUGUAUACUGUGGAUGUUCUAGUGGAAUGGAACGAUGACCCUGAGCUGUCUUUUGAUGGUGACAUUGACGAUCUCUUGGCAAUCAGUCCUAAGGGUAGUACAUCAUCUGAAGAGGAGACGGAUGCUGAACCCUCUAGACCGUUCACUGAACAAAUCGGAUCUGCAGUAUCAGAUUCACUAAAUACUUUCAAGCAUUCAAACUCUGUUCCUGUUAAUCAGACAGCCCAUUCUGCAGUUUCUGAUACUGCAGAUGUACAUCAGCAACUCUCUCCAUCCACUUCAGAUGCUCUCGAAGUUCAUUGUCCUCCUUCCACUGUAUCUGAGCCUCCAAAAGAUUCUGGGUCACCAUCAAUGCCUACAGUGGUCAUCUUUGAAACUCAAUCAAACACUGAUGCUGCUGAAGAUGUCAAACCCAGCACUUCUACAAAAAGUGAUGCCCAGUCCACUGCAGGUCUAAGUGACCAGUCUGUAAAUUCAAGUGCCACACAGACAUCCAGCAGCCAGCAAACGGUCCAAGCCCCUGUAUCAAAAUCUGCAGCUGCCCAGGAAAGGGCCCGUGCCGCAGUCACUCCACAGCCAACACCAGAAGUCACUCCACAGCCAACACCAGAAGUCACUCCACUGCCAAGACCAGCACACAGGUUAUUUCUAUCUCCUCAACUGGAAUGUGGUAAAAACCUUUACCUUGAUCAGGUUUUAAUGCAUAUCCAGGCUUCAGAGGGAGCAAAUACAUCAGAAGUUCCCCUUCAUGAGCUGGCCUUUUUAUUGAACCAAACCAGCACACAGAAUCAAAACUGGCAGCAUCCCUCGGAUUUCUCUAGAAGAAAUCAUCCUAGGCGUGGAAAGAAGCCAUCUAAACGCUGCACUCUAAAUGAAUGGGUGGAAAAAAGUGGUGGCACUGUGCAGCGUUUCAUGAACAUACCAUCUUCAUUCCAGCGAAACCCGCUUCCUGAAGGUCUACCUUUCCAAAUCCCCUAAAUGUGGUGAAAUGUCAAGUGUGUUUGUUUCU